UAGCAGGGUCCUGGGUGAAAGGACCUCUCGGGGAAGUAAACAGACAAGAAGGCAACGAUAAUUAACAAUGCAACUAUCGACUUAGAGAUGAAGUGUCUCUGCGUGUAACAGGUUGAACUGUUGUGGUCUGCAGGUGAUGGCAGAAGAUAAUGAGCUGGAAAAGCGCGCUGUAGAGGAGCUCCUCAAGGAGACUGAUAGAGCCCGGGUGAGAGCAGAGACCAUGGGCCCCGCUGGAUGGUUGAAAUGCCCUCUGCAGAGCACCAACAAGCGUUUUCUCCUCAACACGUUACGCUCCACCGACCUGCAGCGGCGCUCCGACAUGUCCAGAAGCAGAAGCUCCAACAACACGAGAGGGCGCAUAAGGAGCAGUUCCCAGGACAGACGCCAUGACCGCAGCAGGUCGCCACCUACAGAUCACAGAAGUAACGGAGGCCGCACAGAGCGUCAACACUCUCCUCCUCGGAGGGACGGCUGCACAAGCAGAGAUAAGAGGCUGGAGAGAGAUAAGGACGAACAGCGCAGGCACAGGGGCGAAAGAGACAAAAGACACAAGGAUGAACGAAGCAGAGACAAAGACAGACAGAUACAGACUUAAUAAGCAAACCUGUUCUGUUUAGGGAGCAGUGGUGGGUCACCAGACUGAGAACCAUCUAAAGCUUGUAAGCUGCUCUCAGAAAUUGUGAUAUAGAGUGUGUGGUCUUAGCAGUUUUUUUCUUUAAAGAGAGAAGUUUGCUAAUUAUAUGACAUGUUAUAAGUUUAAAAAGUAAAUUAUGUUUUACUGAAUUUUUUUCCCCAAGAGUUUGGUAAGCUUAAUGUAGAUGUGUUUUGUUCUUUUUGUGCUUUUUCACUAAAAUGUGAACAAAUAAAAGCUCAAACUGCCUUUA